UUUAGAGAUAGGAAUGCAUGCUUCAAAAAAGCACUUGCUGAUCAAUAUUUUUUUUAAAUUUUGAUUUAAUAUUAUUCAAAAAUGAACAAAGGAUGGCUUGAGCUAGAAAGUGAUCCAGGAUUGUUUACAUUGUUGUUGGAAGAUUUUGGGGUAAAAGGAGUUCAAGUAGAAGAAAUUUAUGACCUACAGAAGGCCAUUGAUGGGCCAGUUUAUGGAUUUAUCUUUUUAUUCCGAUGGAUAGAAGAAAGAAGAAGCAGAAGAAAAACAAUCACAGAAGAAGAAACAUUUCUUACAAAUGAUGAUGAAGUUAACAAUUUGUUCUUUGCACAACAGGUGGUUCCUAAUUCCUGUGCUACACAUGCCUUAUUGAGUGUGCUGUUAAACUGUGAUAAAGUGAGACUUGGAGAUACAUUGUCAAAGCUCAAACUGUUUUCUAGAGGCAUGAAUCCUGAGGACAAAGGUUAUGCCAUUGGAAAUAUGCCUGAAUUAGCUGAAGCACAUAACAGUCAUGCAAGGCCUGAGCCACGUCACCUUCCAGAGAAACAGCAAGGUAUUGCAACAACUAAAACUAUGGAAGCUUUCCACUUUGUUAGUUAUGUACCUAUUAAAAAUCAUCUGUUUGAAUUGGAUGGACUAAAGCCUUAUCCUAUAGAUCAUGGGCCAUGGGAAAGGGAUGAAUACUGGACAGAGAAGUUUAGGCGUGUGAUAACAGAAAGAUUAGGAAUGGCUGCUGGAGGUGAACCUAAUAAUGAUAUCAGAUUUAACUUAAUGGCAGUUGUUCCUGACAAAUGUCAGUUGUACGAACACAAGUUAGCUACCCUGAAAACAAACAGACAAAUUGUAUUGGAAACAUUACAACAGCUGCUGGAUGCCAAGAUGGUCAAGGUUACAAAUCCUGGACUAACAUCUUCUGAUAAAGACAAAUAUUUAGCUGCCGUGAAACAGCAUGAAAAGAUGGAAGAAGCUCUGAUAGCACAGGCUCAAGAGGAUGCUGCCGCCAAAUCAGCGGCAAAACAUAACAUAGCAGAAAAAUCUCUAAGUAAUAUGACAAAUAGCGACCAAUCACAAUCCAGUGAGACAUCUCAAGAUGGAAGCAUUGUAAAUAUUACAGAAUCACAUGACUCAGACAAUAAUACGACUGUACAAGAAAAUAGUUCUUCGGAAUCAAAAAUAGUGCCUAUGGAUGAUGAAAAUAAAGUCGUCAAUAUUUCUGAAAACAGUGAAGACAUUAUAAUCGAUGUUGAUUCCAUGGAAACAGAAUCUGAUAUAAAAGAUAAUGAAAAAUUGUCUGAAACAAUUGGAAAUAUCAAGAAAGAUAAUUUUGAUAGUAAAAUUGAAAUUGAAUCGAAAUCUGAUGGUUCUGUUGAAAUUGAAUCUGAAAGUGUUACUUUAACUUCUGUAUAUACAGAAUCUAUUGAAGAACCACCUCUUAUUUUAAGUAACAAAGAAUCUCUUGAAGGAAUACAAGUGACUAGUACUGAUGAUAAAAAUGUGAAAAUUCAGAUCUCUGUUGACAAUGGGGAUUGUGGGAAGGGAGUUACAAUUCCACGAUCGGUAGCGUCAACAGAUGUUACUAAACCAUUGACUAUAGAAACAAAGUUUGGAGGUCCGUCUGGACCCAGUAGUGAGAGUACAGACACUGCUUCAGAAGGAGGGAGUUGUUUUAGUUCACCAAAUACAAAUUCAUGUCAGAAUAGCCCUGUGUGUAGUAAUGGGGAAAGUGCAGACAUGAAAAAAGAUACUUUAUCAGACAGAAGGUCAGAGGGAAGAUCUUCAGAUUCUAGUCACCAUCAUAAACAUAAAAGGAAAUUCCAUAGUCAUCAAGCUUUUACACCAAAGGAUUUGUUAGCUCUUCUCAAGAAUGUAGAAAAUGAAAUAAAGUUGUGUGAAGUAAAUUUGAAAGAUGAAUUAGAAAAGAGAAAGAAAUAUAGGAUAGAUGACUGUAGAAGAACACAUAAUUAUGAUGAAUUUAUCUGUACAUUUUUAUCAAUGUUAGCCAAAGAAGGACAUUUAGCAAAUCUUAUUGACCAACAGAUGUCGGUCAAGAAGAGGCACAAUAGUGGCAAUGCAGGCCGCCCAACAAAGCAUUCUUUACCUGUCAAAGGGUCUCGACCAAAACCAAAGAGACGAAGAUAAUAAAAGUUUAGUUUUGAGCAUUAUUCUGUAAUUUUUAAUCUGUAUGACAGUUAUUGAUGUUUCAAAAUAUUGUUUGAAAGUAAUUGGAAUGUAACUUAUUAAACUUGUAUGUAGCUCUAACAAUUUACUUGUUUCAGCCAACUUUUCUAUUACAUUCAUGAUCAUGGUAUUGUCAGUUUAAUUACAGUUUUGCAACUAAACUGCAUUAGAAGUAAUAAGAAAUGGCUCACUGAAAUUAUUUAAACUUACAGAAUCAAUAUCACUUUGAGCCUUCUUAAGGCGGUACCCAACACUUUAAAUCAAAUUAAUUUGGCUUGUUUAAUUUUCAUAAAAUUUUGUCAGAAAAAAUUACACUGGUUAUAUAGCAGUUUGAUCAUUGAGAUGCUUACUAUUCCCUUUACAACACAACGUAAUUAAAACAUUUAGCUGAUUUUACAGAGUUAUCUCCCUGUAGUGUUAGUUACCACCUGAAGCUUAAAAAGUUUAUGUAAAUUAUUUUCAUCUAGUCUGUUACUUUCAUAAGCAAUGAUUUACCAUCAGUCAUCUUUUACUCUCUAUACUAUUUAUUUUGAAACCACAGGACAUUCAAGAAUGGUCUAUUCAAUCUCAAGAGUAUGAUUAGGAAUAUCCGAUAAUAAACAAUUUUAGAUAUGCAAUAGAUACUGGUAUGUUAAGUUUGUUUUUCAUGACAUAUUUUGAAAAGUUGCAUUAUUUUUUAUCAUAUAUCAUAAAAUUAAGUAAAAAUUUGUGAAUACAUUAGCUUUUAUUACUUUUUCAAGGUAUUGUAGUAUCAAUUCUGCUCUUUAGAAAAAAUGAAUAAAUGGUAUGUCGAGUCCAUAGGGAUAUUAAAAAGUUUUUUGUACAUCCAACAUGGACAGAGUGAAAUGAAAAAAGCCAGGUGAAUUUUUGUGUAUUUACAUGAAAGUUUUACAAUGAAGAUCAAGGUUAAGCUAUGUGUUAUUUUAGUUUUUUUGUAUACACUCAAAUACUCAUACAUGUAAAAAUAUUAUUUUGUCAAUGUAAAAAUUUAGUCUUUGUAGAACAUUGCUUUCCAGUAAAUGUGUUAAGAUAUUUUUAUUAUGAGAUGAAUUUUUAAAUUGAAUUCAACUAAUUCAAACACAUAUUACAGAAGUUAAAAGUCAGUUCAAUCAGCAUUUACUUUAUGCCGUCAGCAUCUACUGUGGAUUCAUCAAUAUUUGUUGGUCACCAAUUUUAGUUGAUUUCAUGGGUAUUGGAGAACAAUGUUAUUAAAUAUUUAAGAAAUAAAAAAUAAAUCUAAAGGCUUGUAUGCAGACUUGGGUUUCCUUUAGCAAAACAUGGACUCUGGCAUUUUCUACAUACAAAGCCAUAACUGUUAAUAUGACCAAAUGUGCAGAUGUGAAUUUAACUUCCUAUUUAUAGAUGCCGCUGUUUGGACCUUGAUAGAAUUGUCAGGUUUCACAUUGUUUAAGAUUUUAUUCACUGCCAUCCUUGUGUUUGAAUGAAAUUGUAAAUCAUUGUCUUUGUUGUUCAGAGAUAUCUGUGAUUAUUAUUAAUGACAUGUUGCAUUUAUCACAAUUUCAUGUUUUUCUUAUCUGUUGAAUAAAUUACAAUCAUGUGAAUUAAAACUUGAAAAGAAAAGUCUAUUCUAGGUAUGGAUAAUCAUUUUGUAAUUCUUGAGCCAAAGGAUAACACUUGUUGUAUUUAAAAAGAUGUAAGUAAAUAUUACUAUGUGCUACAAGAUAAAAAUAAAAUGUUUUAAUUUUGAC